AUGGCUGCUGAUUCUGCCCGUCCACUUCAUCCCCCUCCUCCCCGCUUUUCUUCUUCUUCUUCUUCUUCUUCUUCUUCUUCUUCUUCUUCUCACCCUCCCCCGGACCGAUCAGUCCUCGACCACGAUGCCUUCCUCCCCAUCGCCCUCGUGGGCAUCGGCUUCCGUGGCCCCGGAGACGCCAUCAGCCCCACCCGGCUAUGGUCAAUGAUCGUCGACCAGCGCGAGGCCUGGUCGCACAUCCCCGGCUCGCGAUGGAACCCCUCGGCCUUUUUCCACCCCGACCACGCCCGCCACGGCACGAUCAACGUCCACGGGGGCCACUUCCUCGCCGAGGACGUCGCCCGCUUCGACGCCCCCUUCUUCAACAUGACCAGCGACGAGGCCGCGGCCAUGGACCCGCAGCAGCGACUCCUGUUAGAGGUGACCUACGAGGCACUGGAGAACGCCGGCAUCCCCCUGCCCACCGUCAUGGGCAGCCAGACCGCCUGCUUCGUCGGCUGCUUCAACGCCGACUAUACGGACCUGCUCCUCCGCGACCCCGACUGCAUCCCCAUGUACCAAUGCACCAACGCCGGUCAGUCGCGCGCCAUGACGGCCAACCGCGUCUCCUACUUCUUCGAUCUGAAGGGGCCCAGCGUCACGGUGGACACCGCGUGCUCGGGGAGCUUGGUCGCCCUCCAUCUCGCGUGUCAGAGUCUGCGCACGGGGGACGCCUCCAUGGCCAUCGCGGCCGGGGUCAAUGUGAUCCUCAGCCAUGAGUUCAUGUCCACCAUGACGAUGAUGAAGUUUCUGUCGCCAGAGGGACGCUGCCACACCUUCGAUGAACACGCCAAUGGAUACGCGCGGGGGGAAGCCGUCGGCUGCUUGAUCCUGAAGCCGCUGCGAGACGCGAUGCGCGACGGGGAUCAUGUCUACGCGGUCAUCCGCGGCACGGGGUCGAACCAGGACGGGAGAACCCCCGGCAUCACCCUGCCCAGCGGGUCCGCCCAGGAGGCGUUGAUCCGUCAGGUCUACCAGCGAGCGGGCCUCGAUCCGGUGGAAACGGCCUUCGUCGAGGCGCAUGGCACGGGAACCCAGGCCGGGGAUCCCAUUGAGACUGAAGCGCUGGCCCGAGUCUUCGGCCCCGGACGGAGUGCGGAGCGCCCGCUGCGCAUCGGCUCCGUCAAAACCAACGUGGGCCAUCUGGAAGGCACCAGCGGGGUGGCGGGGGUCAUCAAGGCAGCGCUGAUGCUGGCGAACCGCACCUUUCUUCCCAAUCGCAACCUCACCACGCUCAAUCCCCGGAUCCUGCUCGACGAGUGGAAGCUGAAGGUCCAACUUGCGUGCGAACCGUGGGAUACGGUCGGUCCGCAUCGCGUCUCCGUCAACAGCUUUGGGUAUGGUGGCAGCAAUGCGCACGCCAUUUUGGAAGAUGCUGAGGGAUACCUGUCUGCCCGUGGCUUGUCCCCGCUGCCGUCUGACCCGGCGAAAGACCGACUUCGUGUUUUCAUGCUGUCCGGCUUCGAUGAAGAGUCCCUGUCGACAUACAUCAACACCCUACGUACAUAUCUAGAGGGCUUAGGAGCUGGGUCCAUGAGCAAUCUUGCAUAUACUUUGAACAAGCGUCGCACGGCGCAUUUAUAUAGAGUUGGGGUGCUGGGUGACUCACCGGGGGGGUUGGCAGACGCGCUGGCGCAGGCGAAGGUCUCCAAGGCCCCUCGGCGACCGACCGUUGGAUUCGUGUUCACUGGCCAAGGGGCGCAGUGGUGCGGCAUGGGACAGGGCCUCAUGGCGGCAUACCCAGUCUUCAGAAAUUCGGUUCAGAAGAUUGACGCCUACCUGAAGAGGAUCCACGCGCCAUUUCGUAUCGCGGAAAUACUCGAAGAUGAGUCUGUCCAGUUAAGUCAUCCCCUCCUCAGUCAGCCGGUCUGCACCGCGUUGCAACUCGCCGUGGUGGAUCUCCUCGCGUCCUGGGACAUCCAUCCUGACUCGGUCACCGGGCAUUCCAGCGGCGAGAUCGCCGCGGCCUAUGCCGCUGGGGCUCUGACUACGGAGGAUGCCAUGGCCGUGGCGUACUACCGCGGCGUCGCAGCUAGCCACUUGUCCGAUGAGACGAAAGGCGCCAUGCUCGCCGUGGGGAUGUCUGCUGAUAACAUUCAGCCGUACAUAGAUCAGCUGCAUUUAGGCAGGGCUGUCGUAGCGUGCAUCAAUAGUCCACAAAGUGUCACAGUAUCCGGCGACGUAUCAGCCAUCCAGGAGCUCGAAGGUCUGAUCCGCGACAAGGAGUUCAGCCGCCGGCUGGCCGUCGAGGUCGCCUACCACUCCCACCAUAUGGAACUAGUGAGGGAUUUGUAUCUGGAGUCCAUCUCGCAUAUCCGACCACGGAGUGAGCCGGAGAUAAUCCGCACGCUAUCAAACCGGUCGGUGGGGUUCUUUUCCUCUGUCAGCGGCGCGGAAAUCAAACCCACGGAGCUGGGGCCGCAAUAUUGGUGUCAGAACCUCCUUGGCCAGGUGAAGUUUGCUCAGUCACUGCGGACUCUUUGCUUUGAAACCACUGGGAGCAGAGCCCUGAACAAGAAGCGUCCCCGACGCACUGCGCGCAAGGUCAAUGUGGACUGCCUGGUAGAGAUCGGCCCACAUUCAGCACUAUCUGGACCCAUCAUGCAGAUUCUAAAACACGACAGCAAGUUAGACGCAGCGGAGAUUGCAUAUUUCAGCGCUUUGGUACGAAAGGAGAAGGCUGUCGUGACUGCUCUGUCCAUGGCCGCCACUCUGGCUGCCCGUGGCUUUCCUAUCAACUUCCGCGCGACCAACGACCCCGAGACCCUCCAGGAGCCGUGUCUCGUGGUGGACCUUCCCUCUUACGCAUGGAACCACUCUCGGUCUUACUGGGCAGAGCCACGGACCAGCAGAGCGUUCCGCAACCGCAAGUAUCCCCGGACAGAUAUCCUCGGUGUGCAGGACCAAACGUAUCCAUUCGAACCGCGGUGGCGGAAUUUCGUUCGUCUGUCCGAGACUCCAUGGCUGCGGGACCACAGGAUCCAGUCAAAUAUCGUAUAUCCCGCUGCUGGAUACAUCGCCAUGGCCAUUGAGGCAGCGUCCCAGGUUAUGGGCGACGUGAACAUUACCAGAUUCUAUCUACGCGAUGUCUUGAUACAAUCCGCCCUGGUUGUUCACGAAACCUCUGAUGCAGAAGUCGUAACAUCCCUCAGAGCUGUCGAUGACGGCACAUGCAAGGGUCCAUUGUAUGAGUUCCACGUGUACUCUGUGACCGAUGACCGAUGGAUAGAACACUGCAAAGGCGCUGUUGGGAUCAAUCUAGAUGGGUUCCAUACCGGGAAGAGUACACCGUCUAGCUCUGGAAUGGCACCGGUCAACAUACAAGCGUUCUAUGAAGACCUAACCACCGCCGGACUCGAGUACGGACCCUGUUUCGCCAACAUCACGCAGGCCCGCCACGCCACCGAGACCUGCGUCGCGGAGAUCACCAUCCCAGACACUGCGACCGUCAUGCCCAUGCACUUCCAGUAUCCGCACCUUAUCCACCCAUGCACCCUGGACAGCAUCAUCCACUCAUGCUUCAUCAACACGGAUAUGGCGAGGGGACCUGCCAUCCCCGUUCGGAUCGACGAGAUUCGUAUUGCGGCCGGUAUCACGAGCACCCCUGGCAGCAGACUAGAUGUGCAUACGCGGAUCACCAGGGAAACGAAACGUGAGAUCGUGGCUUCGAUUGCUGUUGCGGAGGGGGGCGCGGCGACAAUGUCGAUAACAGGACUCCAUUGCAGACGGCUCGAUAUGGUAGAUCCUGCGACUCAGGUGCAGAAGAUCGCUUACAAGUUGGAGUGGAGGGUUAAUCCGGACUUGUUGUCGGUAGGUGGGCUUGAGAGAAUUCUGGGGCCGGAUGUUGGCGAUGUUGAGAUAGGGAGGGUGUAUGACGAGUGCGCGUUGUUCUUGUUGCGGAAGGCUAAGGGUGAUUUGGAUGGGUUUGAUGGGAUUUCCCCGUCGAAAAAGGAACUACUUGAGGAGUUCAUCGAUGGUGAGGCGGUAUUGCACUCUUCGGAAAGUCUCAUCGAAGCAACAAGAUCCUCUGGUCCCGAAGGGAGAGCAUUGUGCGAUGUGGGUGAUAGACUGGCCACGAUACUCCAGCAGGUGGAUUCCGGUGGCCCCGGCACUGCAUACCGGGACAGCGUGCUCUGCGACCCAAUCUUCUCAAGUGCUGGCAAGUACCUGAAUCUAAUCGGACACAAGAACCCCAUGAUGUCGGUUUUGGAGGUAGAUGCCUACGCAGGGGAUGCAUCAUGCGAGUUCCUUCGACAAUUGUCCGGGCCAGAUGGCGUUCCUCGGUGCGGCAAAUAUACUUUGACGCAUGCGGAUGAAUCGGGGUUCGAGGCUGCAGCGAAGGAACUUUCCACGUGGGAACGAUGGGUCAGUUUCAAGAUGCUGGAUGUUAUGGGGGAUUGCGAUGCUGAUGGGUCGUACGAUGUGGUGAUUGUUCCCUAUGGGCUGCGGGCGGGGUCGGUUCAGACUGCUCUCGCGAAUAUCCGUUCGCUGCUUAAACCCGACGGGCGUCUGGUUCUGGUUCACUCGCUGCACACCGCGGCUGAUGUUCUGCUUUCUGCUGACUGUGAUGCCUGGUUUGAUCGAGCAAGGCGCUCCGUUGACUGGCCUACGAUACUCAACACAGCCAGCCUGGACGUAAAGGCGGUUAUUAAGUCAGGUCGCAAAUCGAUGAUAAUUUCGCGGCCUGUACACAACCCCCCAUCCACUGCCCCUAAAUUUCUGCUCAUUACAGGGGAGAAUUGCCGAGGAAUAUGCGCCUACCUGAAAGAUUUUCUCCUCUCUGUCCGUCUGAACGUGGAGAUCAGUGAUAUCCGACACGCCGACCCGGCGGGAAAGCUGUGUGUUGUUUUGAGCGACCUCGACGCGCCUGUGCUGGUGUCUCCUGGCAAAGAUGUGUUUGAGCGGAUUAAAUCAAUUCUCCUAAAAGCAUCGGGGGUCCUCUGGGUAACCAAGGGCGGGAUCAUCUCGUCAACCGAUCCUGACGCUGGUCUGGUUACUGGCUUUAUACGCACAGCUCGCUCAGAAUCAGCCGUGAAACGUAUCGUGACGCUGGACUUGGAUAAAGAGAGACCUCUUGAUGAGGAAGAUGCGUCUAAGCUCAUUUAUGAUAUCCUCCACCGCCGCUUCCUGAUCGACGAAGGCGAAAUCGAUGACGAGUACGCCGAGCAAAACGGGUUGCUGCAUAUUCCGCGGAUCGUGGAAGAUACGGCCCUGAACCAGACUCUUGCUGCGUCGGAUGACGGGUUCAUCCUGAAAGAUGGGCUGUUCCAUUCCCAGGCGUGUCUUCGAGCUGUAUGCGAUAACGCAGCCCGUCCGCGACGGGUCAACUUCGUGCGGUAUGACCUGCCUAAUCUGCCGGGGGAUCAUGUACGUAUCCGGGUCCAUGCCGUCGGUAUGGACACACGAGACGCGGACCUCGUAUUCAGUGCGGCGAAAGACGUCGUCUUGGGCUCAGGCUGCAGCGGUGUCGUGGAAGCCGUGGGCAAAGACAUCCAUGACCUUGUUCCCGGCGACCGGGUCGCAGUGCCAGGGUUCGGAAGCGGCACGGCAGCCAGUCUAUAUCAGGAUCGAAGAACAGCCUUCCACAAGAUCCCGACGGACAUGUCGUUUGAGUCGGCAGCUCUGGUAGGGAUAUAUUGUGCCGCGGUCCAUGCUGUCCAUUUAGCCCAAGUCAGUGCGUCCGAUACCGUUUUGAUAUCUGUGGGAAAUGGGGUUCUUGGGCAAGCCAUAGUCGAACUAUGUCUACUAUACGGCACCCGUGUGUUUCUCGUUCUCGAAACAGCAGAUCAGAGAAAUUCCCUCUCUGCUUUUUAUAACAUCCCCGAGGACCAGAUUCUUCUGCACCAGGAAUCGAGUUUCGGGAGGUUGUUCCCGGUACCGGGAAAGAUGGUAUCAUUCGAUGUUGUUAUCAACUGUCUUGAGUCGGAGAGUCAGAUCCAGGAAUUAUGGACUGUCGCACAAUCGCGAUUCGUCCAGUUCACUGGCACUCACACUGGGAACCGCCAAUGGGCGCUGCCCCAUUCCCAUUCCAGAGAUAUGCAGUUCGCAACAUUCACCCUUGACAGCUUCCGAAACACCUCAGAUCAGAUAUGGAAUGAAGUAGGCCAGCUCCUCACCGACAGCAAGCUCCGCGGCCCUCCAUUUGUUACAACAUACCCUGUCUCGAAAGUCAACGAAGCACUGGAUUUUCUUGUCUCCGAGCAUUCAGUGAACUCAGACUCGGUAGUCCUCACAGCUGCAUCUACCGACCUCGUCAAGACCCUCCACCCCCACAACCCAACAACCCUCCACCCAGAAGGUUCAUACAUCCUAACCGGUGGCCUAGGCGGCAUCGGCCGCGCCAUAGCCAUCUGGAUGGCCGACCACGGCGCCCGGAACAUCAUCUUCGUGAGCCGAAGUGGGUUGUCGAGUCCGCAGGCUAGAGAGACAGUGAGAGAACUGGAGGAGAGGGGUGUGAGUGUCUUGGUUAGGGAGGUGGAUAUUUCUGACGAGGGACAGGUGAGGGAGAUGCUGGGGGGGUUGUGUGGUGGUGGUGUGCCGAGGAUAAGGGGUGUCGUGCAGGGGGCGAUGGUUUUGAGGGACAUCCACAUCGAAAAAAUGACCGUCGAAGAAUACACCUCCGUCCUCCGCCCCAAACACGCCGGCACCUGGAACCUGCACCGCCACCUCCCCCGCGACCUGGAUUGGUUCAUCAUGCUCUCCUCCAUCAGCGGCAUCAUUGGCAACGCCACGCAGGCCGCCUACGCCGCGGGCUCCAUCUUCAUGGACGCGUUCGCCGCCUACCGCACCUCCCUCGGGCUGCCCACCGUCUCACUGGAUCUGGGCGUGAUUACUGAUGUCGGCUAUCUGGCUGAGAAUGCUGAGCUCGCGGCGAAGAUGGCCAAGCAGGGUUUCGCGGGGACGGAUACCAGAAGGUUGAUGCGGCUGUUUGAGGCGGGUAUUGCGGCUGCAACUGCUUCAGCAUCGGCCGGCAUUACUUCUGCUCCUGCUCCUGCUUCUAUGUCCAGACCAAACCCCCAAAUUAUAUCCGGCCUAGGAACCUAUUCCCCCCUCCACUCUCUCCCCAACUUCGACGCCCCUCUCUUCACGCAAUACCGACGAAUUUUCACAUCCAUCUCCACCACCAACUCAUCGGCAUCCUCCACCCCCACCGAAUCCGACCCCUGUCUCUCAAUCCAAAAAACCUUGAAAUCCGCACAAUCCCCCGAAGAAACCACCUCCAUCAUCUCCACCGCUCUAUCUAACCGAAUCGCCUCCCACCUCUCCAUCCCAGUGGAGAACAUCAACCCGACCAAUCCCAUAACGCACUACGGUAUUGACUCGCACGUUGCUGUUGAUCUGCGGAAUUGGAUCCAGAGGGUCAUUGGUGCGAAGGUCUCUAUUUUGGAGAUUUUGGGGAGUGCGUCGUUGGGGGAGUUGGUGGGGAGGAUAGGAAUGAGGUUGGAAUUGGAUUUUGAUUUUGGGGGGGGUUUGUUGGGGAUGGAGAUGGGGGUGGAGAUGGAGGUGAGGGGGCGGGUUGAGACUUUCUUUUUUGUCUUUCUUGGUCUUUUUUUUUGUUUGUUUGUGGUUGGGCUUUUUGGGUAUAGUUUAAACUUUUGUUGGUUGGUUGGUUGGUUUGUUGAUGUUUUUGCUUUUUUUGUUUUGUUUUGUUUGGUCUGGUCUGUCGGGCUUGCUUUUGGGCUGUGGGCUGUUUGUGAGGAGGAUGAAGGAGGAUGAGGGAGGAUGAGGGAGGAUGAGGGAGGAUGAGGGAGGAUGAGGGAGGAUGAGAGGAGGAUGAGUGGUGUGGUGUGCAGACGUGCUGUUUUGGGAAAUUGAUGCCAGGUAUAAUGAGAUGAACUGAACUGAGCUGAAGUAAAAUUGAAACUGAAAUUGAAAUUGAAUUUAGAUACAAAAAGUGAGAUUGAC